AACCUCUAAAUCUCGUUCAGUGUUUUGAAAUCAAGCAAUUUGUUAAGUUAAAGAGCAUUCAGUCCUUCUCAGAAAGCUAAACAUCAUUAUCGAAAAAAUGAAACUGUUCAUGGUUCUCGCUGCUGUUCUGGCCGUUGCUCUGGCUGCUCCUCCACAGGACGAACGGGAUGCUCAUAUCACCAAGUACGAGAAUGACAACCUGGGCCUAGAUGGAUACCGAUUCCAGUUCGAUACCAGCAAUCGGCUCCAACGUCAGGAGGAAGCCCAGCUGAAGAGCUUCGGAGAUGAUGUUAGCGCCCUGGUCGUUCGAGGAUCGUACUCUUACACCGGUGAUGACGGUCAGGUUUACACUGUGAACUACAUUGCCGAUGAGAACGGAUUCCAACCGGAAGCAGCGCAUAUUCCUCGGGCUUGAAGUGCUCGUCGAAGAUCGUUCUAGUCAACCGAUAGCCUAGUGUGAUUGUGUGUAUAUUGUGAAUUCUGUUAGGAUAAUUUUGAUGAAUACAGUAUGAAUUUGAAAAUUGAA